AUGUCUUCUGCCGCACGCCCCCUGAGGAUCUGGCGCGCGCUGGGUGAAGAUUUGGAGGGCGUGAGGGCCGUGUUGAUGGGGCAAGGAGGUGUGUGGGAUCGAGAGACAACGGUGGCUACUGGGCAGAUCGACGGUGGAGGGGAAAGCCGACCGGCCGGUCCUUUUCGCGAGACCAUGCAAAAGCGCAGGAACAGCAACGCGGAGAUGUCGACUAGCUGGAAAGGAGUGUCUUACCCAGUUCCGGGCCGUAUGGUUGUCAAAGGUCACGUACAAGCGUCGCGUCCUUGGCAGGCCCAGCUUUGUGCGUCGUUCGGUCGUGAGUGUCUCGGGCUUGGACGACCAGAUCCGGGCGUCUGGACGGGGAUCGGAGGAAAGGAAGAAAGCUGCAAGGGCCGUCGCGGGAUCUGAGCCCCCCUUUUUUUUCCCACGGGGCGUGGGUGUCGAGCUGAAAAGAAAAUAAGGGGGAAAAUGGAAUAAAAGAAAGGGGAAGG